AUGGAUUUCAUGGUGAUCAAGAUAAUCAUCCGCAUUGUCCUGGAUAUCUUGUCAACUUCCUUCAUCACAAAGUAUGACAACUUGCCUUCAAUAAUAUUCAGGUUCAUGAUGUGGUGCAAGCGUCUGAACAGGCAUGUUACAAUGGAACACAUUGACAGAGAGGGCUACAGAUUCAGUUACUUCUCCAGAGGGAAGCCUGGGCCUCAGCCGUCCAUUUUGAUGCUUCAUGGGUUCUCUGUCAACAAAGAUGUAUGGCUGGAUACACUCAAACAUCUUCCAGAGGAUCUCCAUGUGGUCUGUGUUGACAUGCCUGGUCAUGGAAAUACCACUCGUUUCCUGCAAGAAAGUUACACAGCAGCUUCUCAAGCUAAAAGGAUACAUCAAUUUGUCGAGUGGACUGGUCUGAACAAAAACCCGUUCCACCUUGUUGGCAUGUCCAUGGGUGGAAUGGUUGCUGGGCUUUACGCUGCUGACUAUCCAUCAGAGAUCUGUGCCUUAUCCCUCCUUUGUCCAGCUGGCCUGAGGUAUCCUACAGAGAGUGAAUUCUUUGUGCGCUUAAAAGAGCUGAUGUUCUCCAAAGACCCUUCUGACAGUACUCUUGUUUCAGUAAAUGAAAAAGAGGGAGAAAAGUUACUCCAGCUUUGCUUGUAUGAUCCCAGCUUUGUAAAGACACAGCUCCUCAAGGGACAUCUUGAUGACCAGAGACCAUAUAAGAUGUUUUUUGUGAAUUGCUUCUUAGAUGUUUCCAGUGCCCAGUCCAGGUAUAGCCUUCAUGAAAACAUGAGGAGGAUCCAAACACCAACACAGAUCAUUUGGGGAAGGCAUGACAAGGUCUUUGAUUCUUCUGGGGCAGACAUCUUAGCCACCGCCAUCCCCAACUCCCAAGUGCAUCUGCUGGAGAAAUGUGGACAUUUCUUAGCACUUGAGAGGCCCAGGAAAGCAGCUCAGCUUCUCUUGAAAUUCCACAAUUCAUUUUGUGACAAUACAGGGAAUGAACCAGAUGAAGAACUUAAUGCUUCCUAUGUGAAGUCAGAGAAACAUCAGGAAUAA